AUGGAGGACUGGCUAGAAAGGAGGGGAGUCCUCACGUACCGGUUGUCUCAGUUGGUGACCGGGCACGGGUGCUUUGGACACUACCUGCAUCGGAUAGGGAGAGAGCCGAGCACCCAGUGCUUGGACUGCGGGGUGGAGGAUGAUAUGUCCCAGCACACCCUUGAGGAGUGUAGUCGCUGGGCCGUGGAAAGGGCUGCACUGGUCGCAGCCACAGGAUUGGUGGACCUCUCGCUGCACAGCGUCAUAGCGGCGAUGCUGAGCAGCGAGAGAAGAUGGGACGCGGUGGCCUCCUUCUGUGAAGACGUCAUGUCUCAGAAGGAGGCAGCAGAGAGAGAGCGCGAAGCUGCGGCUGACGCGCUGCCUCUCCGACGAAGACGGCAGGGUCGAAGGCGACGAGCAUUCUUGCGCCACAACCCUUAG